AUGGAAGGUCUUGAAUCUUUUGAUAAGGUUGCUUGGACAAAGGAAAUGUUGCAUAUAUUUUGUGAUAUAUGCAUUAAGGCAAUUGAUAUAGGAAUGAGACCUAAUACUCAUUUCGAUAAAACGGGGUGGAAAUUUCUUAUAACAUCAUUCAAAGAACAAACUGGCCAUGCAUUCACUAAAACACAGUUGAAAAACAAAUGGGAUGGAUGCAAAAAGGAUUGGAGGAUAUGGAAUAAGCUGGUUUCUGAAACUGGUGUUGGCUGGAAUAGUGAGUUAGGCACAAUUGCAGCUAGCGAUGAGUGGUGGAAACAAAAAAUUCAGGAAAUUAGAGGAGCCAAAAAAUUCAGACAUGUUGGUAUUGAGCCGUCUUUGAAGAAUAAAUUUGACCGAAUGUAUUCCAAUAUUGUCGCAACUGGAGCGUAUGCAUGGGCUCCUUCAUCAGGUGUACCUGCUGGUAGUGAUGUCGAUCCUGGUACAAGCAAUGCCGACAUUGCUUAUGAUGGUUUGGAAGAGGGCAGUGGUGAUUCGGAGGAAGAUGUGAUUCCAGAUUUCCAGACUGACAUGGCUCGAAUGGUUGGAGGGAUAAAUAUGUCUAACAGCAGCAACACAACAAGCGGUGGCAAAAGAAAAGAACGAGAUCAUUAUGAUGUGCGAGGUAGAAAGAAGAAAACAGCUGGAAUUGGUGUUCAGCUGCUGUCAAGUAUUCGCGAGGUGAUGGAUGAGCUGCACUCAAUUCCUGGAGUUUCAAUUGAAGAUGAGUUUCAUGACUUCGCUAUGGAGUAUCUCAGUUUAAGAAGGAAAAGAGAAAUGUGGGUCAGUAUGGGUGAUAAGCAACAGAAGUUGAGAUGGUUGCAACGAAUAUAUGCACGAACUAAACGUGCUUAG